UCAAAAUCAUUUCCCUCAUUUUGACAUUUCCUUUGUACCAAUUCCAUUGCCAAGAACUUGCUGUGAACAUGAAGAUCUUCAACUGGGUGCAGAGGAGGUUUCAUCAUGGCGCAAUCAAAGAUGGGCUAGCUAGAAAUGUGAAGAAGGCUGAAUCCAUUACAAAUGAGGCUGACAAGCAAGCAUUGCUGAAACAAGUAGCCCUGGUGGAUGUGCUUGAUGGUUGGAAAGAUGGCAUUUUAACAAUUGGCACAUUAGGUCUUGACCCUUUAAAACCCUUUAACCAACAAAAUGAUCAGUAUUUCAUUUUGGAAAGUGAAGAGGAGGAGGAAGUAGAAAGGGAACAAGAACAAUACUCAGUUGAUGAUGAUUAUUUUGAUGAUGACAAUGUUGAAGAUGAAGAAGUGAGCCCUUUGAUAUAUGCAACAUUUGAGCACAGUUUUGAGGGAACUGGAUCAAAUACCGUGACAUGUGAUGUCAUAACCAACUCUAGUAUCACCGAGCAAGAACAAAGAAGAAGGAAAGGAGAAAGAAUAACACUGGCAGAACUGUUCUUGGAAGAUGCUGACAUGAAAAAGAAGCCGGAUUCUGUUGAAAUUGAGACCAAAUCAGGUAAUAAAAAGCCGGUUGCUCGUGCCAAGGGUGGCCUUUCUUUCGCCAAGAAGCUAAUACGUCCUCGCCCAGGAGAGGAUUCGCGUCCAAUUAAAAAACUCAACCAAUUGAUGAGGAGGAUGUUGAAGAGAAAAAUUCACCCAGAAUUUGAUGGGAAGGGAAAUAAAACAGACAAUCAAAAUAAGCCUGGCAUUAUGGAUGUCCAAAUCCGCAAGGGAAAUGAAGCCGAAUCAGUUUUUCUGCUUCAAACUCCAUCAGGUCCUACCAUAUGAGCUUUCAGUGAUGAUCUAAUUUGCUAGAGAUGGAUUUGGGUUUUGUUGUUAAUUUAUUUUUUUGCGUUAAUGUUAAUCGGGUUGUUGUAUGCAUGUGUGUGUGUGUGUGUAACUUGGAACUAUGUGAUCUGUUUUGUAAGUUUUCUUCUGUUUUGGAUUUCGUAAAUAUUUGGAUGUUUGGUUGCCAACA